AAAAAAUUCAAGGUGCUUCUGAGCCCAGCAAUCGCGGGACAACCCGACUCGACUCGACGACAGCUUCACUCAAGCCAACCCCCCCUCGCUCCACACCGUUCUUCGACCGAACCUGGACCCGACCGAACUCUAAUUACAACAACCCCCCUCCUCAAUAGCCCACCAUGGCGGGUGGUCACAUGAAAUACCGACAACUGUCGCGCGACUCAGCACAUCGCCAAGCCCUCCUCCGCAACUUGGUCACAUCACUGAUCAAGAACGAGGCUAUCCAUACAACAUGGCCUAAGGCGAAGGAGGCCCAGAGGCUAGCAGAGAAGCUCAUCACACACGCCAAGAAGAACGACGAGGUCGCACGGAGGAAAGCACAGGCAAUUCUCUACACCCCCCACGAACUCCUCCCCAAGCUCUUCGGCGAGAUCCGCGAGCGGUACGCGGAGCGGCCCGGCGGGUACACGCGGGUGCUGCGGACGGAGCCCAAGGACCGGUACGACCAGGCGCCCUCGGCGAUCCUGGAGCUGGUGGACGGGCCCAAGGACAUGCGGUUCGCCAUGACGGCGGCGGCGGUGGCGCGGGACCGCGCCCUCGGCAAGCGCCACUCCGACCUGACCCAGAAGAACAUCGCCAAGGUGACGCGGUACCGCCGCGAGGGCCGCGACGCCUUCGAGGACAUGGUGGGGAGGGUGGAGGGGAUGGGGUUGCAGGAGAAAGAGCAAGAGCAACAGGGGGGAAAUGGGAAUGGGAAUUAG